GUUUUCACAAUUUCACGCACCCACACCACACCAUGGGUCGCUCCACCUGAUCAACUCAGCUUACUUGCUCAUCACCUCUAAUCACCAGACGGUAUAGUGGAGUAUUAGGAGCGCCUUAUUCUUCGUUAUCAACAAUAAUGCGGUUACGCUGGCAUCACGUGGACUACUACGCGUUAGCCUCGAUGAAGCAACAAUUGAAGCAGGAUCGGCGUACUUUACCGUGUCCUAAGAUUGUUGAUGGCGAAGAAUUUGCUCUACACGAUGAAAUUCCUGUCGCAUUGUUUAAGCUUCUACUGAAUGACAACAAGAACCUCAAUCAUGGCGUCGAUUCCUCCGAGCUCCCCGCCAGCAUCCUUCCGAAAGCAGCAGCCGCUUCCAUUCUUUCGCAAUUUCUUCCUCAAAAGCAAGCCGUAUCGAAAAUGUCAAGCUUCAACUCGGUUGAAUCAAUCCUGGAAAGCGACGAAAGGAACGACAGCGAGCUCGGUACUCCUUCGAUUGUCGUUCUUGAAGAACCUCUGAUGCCGGACACUGAUUUUCAGGUCUCUCUUGCCGUCCUUUUUGCUUCUUCUUGCCUCGCGCUACUUAUCACGUCUCCUUGGUAGCAUUCUCAUACUUGGUGACGCUGGCAGAAACUCGGAGAGGAGAUUUUCCACGAAAUUGGCCGUGAAACCUUGCCACUGGAAAACGUCAGUCUUCCUCCUAAAUUGGUAAGCUUCCUCCGUUCAGGGCCGCGUUGUUCUGUCCACUUGUUUUCAAUGCUAAUUUGUUCAACAACUGGCAGAACGUCAGACCUGUGAAGAGGGAUGCAGACCCCAUCGCGAUGGAGUCUGCACCACUCAAGAACCCUGUCGCGUUUGUGCUGGAAUUGGAAUCCACCUGCACGCCAUCAACGAGCUCAAAGCGCGACAAGCGGCACACCAUGGACAAGUUCUGUCCGAUGGACCCUCCCUGCAUCCUGGACGAUCCCAUAAAUCCCGGUCAUGUCAUGACGGAUCCGUCCAUACUCAUAAAGAAGAUUGACCUGAUGAAGCCAUCUGACGACGCCAUGACUGGCAUUCUUAACAGCCGCAUAGACAUGAUGUCGCUGCUGGGUCCAGGUCGGAUGGCCGUUGAUGACGUGAAGCCAACAUACAGUGAGACACUUUGCAAGGCUCUGGAGAAGUCGAGUACUUCUGCUGAUGAUUUGGAUAAGAGCAAUGAUCUCCCGCUGCUUGAUGUGCCACUGCCGUCACUCAGUCAGUCACCUAUGGGUGAGAAGCUGGCCAUGGAGCUGGUCUGCAAGGAGAAGAAUCUUCGCCUUGAAGCACUUCCCUCCACGAGCGUGUCAAUGAAGAGCUUUAACGAGCUGGUUGUGGCUCCUCAGCUCACACUUGACUGUGGUGGACUUCGAUCCCUGCCAGUUCCACUUCUACAGCAGGACGAUUUGCAAGGGGAUGGCAAUGUUCUAUCUGUCGGUGCAUUCUUAUCAAUGAGCGAGUCUGUGAAGGCGAAUUCGACAAUGGCUUCGCGUGCAAGAGACUUCCUGUAUCUGGAUUGGCAUCUGUCGCAGGAUUUCAAGUCUUGCAAUUCAUCCAAGCGCUCCAACGCUGGUGGCAAGCUAUCCUUUCAGAAAGUUCCGCAGCUCCAAUCAGAGUCUCUUCAUCCUGGCUCACUGUUUUCUCUCAUUCAGGACACGGUCCAUGAUGCUCCUGCUCGAGUGGUUUUGGGGAGUGAGAAAAGAAUGGAGUUGCCAUCGGCUCUUGUUCGGAUGGUGGAUGCAGUUUCGACCUCUCCAUCCGUUGCAUCGUUGGUUCCACCAGCACCAAGUGCUUCUCAGGCUGCUGCUGCGGCACAGCAGCCGAGUCAGCCUCAUCCUCAGUUCUCUUACGCUGAACUUCAGACUUCAACUCAGCCUGAGGGACCGCUUUCACGUGCUGAAUUCAGGCCUUCACCUCAACCUCAGCCUCAAUCUCAGCACCAGUCUCAGCCGCAGUCUCAGCCUCAGCCUCAGCCAUCACCUGCGAUACCUCCUCCUGUUUCACCAGUGGACCUCCCUCGUUCUCGAAUCGUGCCAUUGCCAUCUGCUGCUGCUGCUUCUGCCGCCACUUCUGCCUCUGUCGCUGCUGCAGCAGCUGCUGCUGGUGGUGGUGGUGCAACUGCCGCAGCCUCUGCUGCUGCUUCUGUUAUGCUGAAGAAGCAUGAGCAUGAAGAGCCAAUGCCAGGUUCAGCAACUAGGGAGGAGGUCAAGCGGAUUGGGUUCCAACGCCAUGUUCAGAAGAUGUCAAGCGAGCUCAAUUUCUUCAUGAAUGCAAGGCAAGGGAAGGCAAGCAGCCUUCAGCAAGACCCGCCUCAGGAGGUUGCAGUUGCGAUCAAGCCAAGCCGAGUUGCAGAAGACGCCAGCUUCCGAGAAGGUGAUGCAGGUAGAGCUCUUGAAAAGGAGGUCCAGGAUGUCAGUGCUGUGCAACCCAUUGGCGUUAAGUCACCUCCAGCUGCUGCUGCUGCUAGUCAGUUCUCGAAAGAACCGGUUCGACAUGUCCACAAAGUGCAGAUGUCACAGGACCUUGAAGAUAUCCUGGAUCUGGCCAAGGGAGAGUAUCAGAAGUUGCUGUGGUCACUGAACCAGGAAGUCAGGGCAUCUGUAAAGCCCUUUCGCCUGAAGCAGGAGGUCAGCCAAUCUAUAAAGGAAGAAAUGUCUCGGCAGAAUUCUGGUCAGCUGGUGCAGGAACGUGUGCUGCAACAACUGAAAUGCCUGUACCUGCUACACCAGUCUGCAAUGCUGUGCUGGCAGUAUGGCAUCCGCGUUGCACAUCUGUUCCUGGAGCAGGGACUGGAAGCUGCAUCGAUUGCUCACCUUGCACCACUUGUCAAGAGGAGCAGAGAAGCGCUGGCGUCUGCAUUUGAACUGGUGGAGGGUGGUGCGACGGUGGAUCACCCAAAGCUCUCCAUGCUGACCUCUAUCCUCCGAUCCCACAAGAAGACCUGCCAAUCAAUGGAUCCCAAGGGUUCUACUAACGUCCUGAUUGUCGCAGAGAACAUGGCGUUUUUCACCAUGUACAAGCUGCUUGGAACGUGCCAGUUCCAACCCUUCCAGCUUGGACGAUCUGGAGUGCUCACUGGGUUGGAUGGGAAGUCAGUACCAGAGGAGAAAUGGACGAUUGUGCAGCAGGAGGUGAACGAAGCACUCGAGUUUUCAGACUGUCUUCUGGUCUCACCCAGGUAAGUAGAUUCUUUCUGUUUCUUUGGCCUAGUUUUCUAUGACUGGUUAUUGGCUGAUUUUGAUUGUAAUGCAGGUUUUUGGUGCCGUCAUUUCCAAUAAGCAAGUUCAACGUGGUAAUCGUCUACAGUGACCUUGUGGAAGAUCAAAAUCUAAGCGCUAUUAUCUAUGUGAAUGGAAAGUUCCACGUUCUUGCUGUGGAGGACCCUGAUGAGCCACAACAAACAAAGAUGAAGGACAUGCCUAUACCAUCUGGGAACGGAUUGCGUCCAAUCACGGCUGAAAGGGCUUUAGACGUAGAGCGAAGGCACGAGGAACCAGAACCUCCGGCAGUUAUUGUCCUUGACAGCGAACCAGACGACGGUUGCAAUGAUGGAAAUGACUUUGCAACAGAACCUCAAAGACAUUCUGCCCCAACUGAAAUGGAUGCUCCUACGUAUACAGCUGCAGAAGCACAUGAGGUCGCUGCAGAGCAGAACGACUGGAGGCAGGAGGGUCAUCUGUCACAUCAUCAUCCAGUGGCAAUGCCAGAACAGAAGAAGGCUGCUGUGGAAUACAAGAGGACUGUCAUAGUCAACACCAGGGAGCAAUUUGGCCCCAUCGUUCUCAAAAGAAGGCAUCUGUAUGAUAAGAUCCUGCAGCUGGAGGAGAGUGGCAUUCAGAUACUUGAAAGGGACCUGCUAGCGCCAGCAGAGAUUGUGCUAACGGCCUCAAGUUGUUUGAUAAUCUAUAACCACCAGCGCCUGACAGACGUCCAGAAACUGGCUGCAAUGGAUGGGCUUCCGUCAAGCUCGCUUAUGAACGUGUGUUUGGAAGCUGUUGUGGAGACCCAUCUAAAGGCCCUCAGUUUCGCUUACCAGUCCUGCUUCAUGGUGUUUGAGGGUACUGCCGCCUAUCUGACACAGAUUAAGCGCAAUGUGGAUGACCUUUAUGCUGGAGGAGCAGCUCUGGAUCUGGACGUGCAAUGUUUCUUCUCAUCAUCUGAAGACUCAACCGAGAGCCUAAUCCUCAAGCUGCUGUCUUCAGCUUCCCCUUCUGCUGAUGGUCCAUCAGGUUCCCAGCCCUUCCGUACGCCCCUGCCUGAGUCUGAGACUCCUCAAGAGGCCUUCUUGUGCCGCUUUCCAUCCCUCAACCCCCUCUCUGCUCACAUCAUCAUGACUUCGGGGUUACCUCUGCCUGUGUUCAUGUGCCUGCAUCACGAGCAGCAAGCAUCAGCAACAGUUCCUCGCGGCCUCCGAGCACGCUCCCUCAGCUUGUUCCAGGCUCAGUGCGAACACAAGACAGCACAGCAAGGCCCGGCUUACAUCCAACUGCCUGUCCAGGGCUCACGGAAUUCACCUCCACCAGAAGGCAACAUGCCAAUGCACCCGAGUGACAUGAUACAAGCAGGAUAUGAUUUCAGAAGUGCAUACUCUGCCAUGCCAGGGCGCCACAGAGGCUUGCCUCCUGUAUCUGACGGUGUGAGGUAUGAUUCACGUCAUGAACGCAAUGCCGACCCUGCUGCUGCUGCGUACUCAGGGACCGGUUUCCCAUCUGGGAGGCGAUCAAGAUCACCUCCAGAUGCCGAAACCUUGGUAUUGAGCGAUGAUGAUGACGAUCCUGGCCAGCGUGAUGGUGGAUGGAGCACGUACAGGCAACAGCAUGACCUGCAGGACAGGCCCCAGCAGCAGCCACAGCAGCGUGGGGUAUAUGACAGGUCAGGAGCACCGGGGCGUUUGAUCACGGCAGGUGCAGCUAUGGAUGGUUAUGCAUUUUAUGAUGAAGCACGUGGUGUUCAGAGCUUCCCGUCUGCACUUGAGAUUGAGCAAGCUGAUGCAGCUUCGCUUCUAGCGGAUGAAGAUUACUACCGCAAUCACAUGUCUCAAGCGCGCAUGAGCGAUUUACCAAACGGUCAUCAUUUGGCAUCACCUCCCAGUAGCACGUACUUUCCAGGAGCAUCAGAUUCUGAGCCUUCUCAAGCCGCCUCAGCUGCAAGUGGCGUCAAAUCUGCCUUGCAGGGCUGGAUGUCAAGAAGACAAUCAGCAGGUCAACAUAAUAGGACCACUGGCAGCUCUUCUUUCCAUUCAGAAGCCCAACCAGCCGGUUCACGUGGAAACCCGUAUGGUUCUGUGUCCUCCCCCCCUCAGCUCCCCCGUUAUUCUGGGCCAGGGACAAGGUUUGAUGACGGUCGUAUUCCAUCAGGAUACAGUCCUCAACAGGAGCAACCCAGUCAUUCUCGCUACUACCAGCAGCAGCAGCAGCAGCACCCUCUGAGCUCCCAGCGCUAUCAGUCUCACCAUCAGCAGUUACAGCACUCUCCAAACCAGGAGAAAUGGGCUUCUCCACAAGCACCUCCUCAAGCUUACGCCCAGCGUCGUGCCAGGGAGCAAAAUCGAAACCCUAACAAGCGUGUCUGUAUGGGUCUCUUUCAAGAUGACACCGGAAGAAGGCAAGAGGAAGCUGAUGCGUCUCUGCAAAAGUUCCGGCACACGGAGAGCAAGAUACCGAGGCAUGUGCUGCUAAAGCGUAAGCUGCAGGGUCAGCAGGCAUCAGAUCAAGCAAGAAGCUUCUCUAGCAAAGCUGAGGAGUCACGCCUGUCUUGGACUCCGAGUGACAAGAGAGCACGAGAAGUAAGCAUGACUGACUGUUUCCAGCCUAGAUUGGUGUUGAGCGUAGUCAUUGACAAUUGAUUUCUCAUUGCAGGUUUUAGCGUACGAACGGGCCGAAGGUGAUGGGAAGCAGUGCAAAUUGGUGUGGAAGAAGCCAAGACCAAGCUUGGACUAGCUUACAUCUGUUACAAUCCACAAUGACAGUUCUGCAUGGUCGACAGGGAUGUGAAGAUCAUGUGUUGAGAACACAUUUGAAACUUGUCAGAUCAGAAUCACGGUGAUUUUAGUUGUACAAACUACAACUCCAGU